GAUACGAUAUUAUCAAUAAAAUUUUGCAGAUAAAGAUUCAGCGGCUAGUACAUAGUUUAGGUUUAUCUAGUGUAUAAAUAUGAUUGUGACUUUUACAUGAAUCAAAAAUGGCGAAAUAUUUAGAUAUAUUUCUGACUACUUUUACCAUCUUUGCAGCUAGGCCAGCGUACAGUGACAGCACGACUGGCUGUGACGAUGGUUGGAUACCCUACAAUAAUAACUGUUAUAUGAUAAACACCUUAAAGAGUAUUUCACGGUCCGCUGCUGCCCAGGAGUGUAACUACCAGGAUUCCUCCUUAGUGCGUAUAACAUCACAAGAUCAACUGACAUGGCUCCUGCAGACGUUGAAGAAAUACCCAAGCAGUGGUUACUGGACAGAUCUCAAUGAUAUACCUAAAGUUAAAGCAAACAGGUUUGGUACAGGAGUCUGGAAAUGGGGGAUGUCUGAAUAUGCCAACAUGUCCCUUGUUCAAUGGAACCAGUCCCCUGCAAAUGAUGGCCAGUCUAAAUGCGGUGCUGUCAACAUACAAGGCAAAUUGGCAGAUUUGAAUUGUAAAGCUAAAGAAGGAUACAUUUGUCAUUAUCAUUCUCCUGAUGGCGGCUGCGUUCUCGGAUGGUUACAAGGUGGCGAUGGAUCUUCCUGUUACUAUGUGGGCAAUACAUCUGACCCGUCAGCUCUGAAGACAUGGGACCAAGCAAAGGCUUUAUGCGAGGGCAUGGGUAAUGGUGCACAGAACCCUAAAAUGUUUGAUAUUGAUGAUCAAAAUGAUGUGAAUUUUCUUAUUGGAGAAAUACCCUACCUGUCGCAAACGACAAAAGUUCACUGGAUUGGUCUUAGUCAAAAUGCUGCUGGUUCCUGGGCAUGGUACACUGGUAAAAGCGUGGAUAAAACCCUUGCACAAUGGCAGAAGGAGCCGGAUAACGUGGCUGGAAUAGAAAACUGUGGUGUGUUGAGGAUGACUGGAAAAUUCAGCGACAGAGACUGUUCAUCUAAUGCAAACUUCAUCUGCUAUAAACCGCAGUAUUAUUAUUCACCAACUGAUAAUAUUGGCUGUGGUCCCUGGAUUAGGGCAGGGAAAUUCUGUUACGGAUUUAUGGCUGGAAAACACAGAGACACCUGGCAAGGUGGAAGAAAUUAUUGUCAGUCGAUGGGAGGGGACCUUAUGAAAAUUGAUUCAUUUGACAAAAAGACAUGGUUAGAACAGCAAAUGGUGGAUCCACAAAAUGAAAGAUUUUUCUGGGUAGGGUUAAAUGACCGUCAGAAUGAAGGAACCUACGUUUGGGCCGAUGGUACCUCAGUAAACCAAACAUAUAUAAAAUGGAACCAAGAGCCUAAUGACAACAAAGGGAAUGAGGACUACGCAGUGAUUUACUCAAAUGGACAAUAUAACGAUAUAACAGGAUACUAUCAUAUGGCCGCAAUAUGCGAACUUGAUAAUCAAGCUUCGUGCUUUGCUGGCUGGAAGUCAAACGGUGGAAACUGUUACCUGUUCACACCAUACAGAAACACAUCAUUACUCUUCGACCAUAAAGAAGCUGCAGCCUACUGUGCAACAUUUGCCACGAAUGCAACAAAUGUUGGCACGCUGUUGUCAGUGGACAAUCAAGCAGAAAAGGCAUUCAUCCUUUCGCAUGUGAAGUCCAUGUCAGACAACGUUAGAGGCUGGCACACGUCUUUGAAUGACGUACAGACUGAGGGAUUCUGGGCAUUUAGUUCCGGUCCGUUGUUUGACCCGACUCUUGUUGACUGGGCCGGCGAACCAAGUACAAAGAAGGGAGACAACUGCGGAAUGCUUAAUUAUGCUGCAACUAUGCACCAACGUAACUGUAGUAUCAAACUCUCGUACAUAUGUGAGAGAUACGCUACCGGCUAUAGUACAGGUGUCAGUCUCGGAGGAAGUCCCCAACUUCGGAACCCAUAUGAGUCAAACGGGUAUGACCUAUUCGACAGCGAGAAAGAACAAUUUCCUCCUUGCGAACAGAUAUGUUCCCUUGGUGCCAGUGGACAAUCAAAUGUACAGAAAAAUUCUCAAGGUAAAGCUCCAGCUGCAAUACAAAACACCCCUAAUUACAAGCCACAACAACAACGAACAAGCAAUGUAUCUAACAAUUCACCAAGUACUUCAUCAUUGCCAAAGUUUCUUGCACUGAUUUCAGUUGCAGCUAGGCCAGCGUACAGUGACAGCACGACUGGUUGUGACGAUGGCUGGAUACCCUACAAUAAUAACUGUUAUAUGAUAAACACAUUAAAGAGUGUUUCACGGUCCGCUGCUGCCCAGGAGUGUAACUACCAGGAUUCCUCCUUAGUGCGUAUAACAUCACAAGAUCAACUGACAUGGCUCCUACAGACGUUGAAGAAAUACCCAAGCAGUGGUUAUUGGACAGAUCUCAAUGAUAUACCUAAAGUUACAGCAAACAGGUUUGGUACAGGAGUCUGGAAAUGGGGAAUGUCUGAAUAUGCCAACAUGUCCCUUAUCCAAUGGAACCAGUCCCCUGCAAAUGAUGGUCAGUCUCAAUGCGGUGCUGUCAACAUACAAGGCAAAUUGGCAGAUUUGAAUUGUAAAGCCAAAGAAGGAUAUAUUUGUCAUUAUCAUUCUCCUGCCGGCGGCUGCGUUAUCGGAUGGUUACAAGGUGGCGAUGGAUCUUCCUGUUACUACGUGGGCAAUACAUCUGACCCGUCAGCUCUGAAGACAUGGGACCAAGCAAAGGCUUACUGCGAGGGCAUGGGCAAUGGUGCACAGAACCCUAAAAUGUUUGAUAUUGAUGAUCAAAAUGAUGUGAAUUUUCUUAUCGGAGAAAUACCCUACCUGUCGCAGACGACAAAAGUUCACUGGGUUGGUCUUCAUCAAUCUGCUGCUGGUUCCUGGGCAUGGUACACUGGUAAAAGCGUGGAUACAACCCUUGCACAAUGGCAGAAGGAGCCGGAUAACGUGGCUGGAAUAGAAAACUGUGGUGUGUUGAGGAUGACUGGAAAAUUCAGCGACAGAGACUGUUCAUCUAAUGCAAACUUCAUCUGCUAUAAACCGCAGUAUUAUUAUUCUCCAACUGAUAAUAUUGGUUGUGGUCCCUGGAUAAGAGCAGGGAAAUUCUGUUACGGACUUAUGGCUGGAAAACACAGAGACACCUGGCAAGGCGGAAGAAAUUAUUGUCAAUCGAUGGGAGGGGAUCUUAUGAAAAUUGAUUCAUUUGACAAAAAGACAUGGUUAGAACAGCAAAUGUUGGAUCCAGAAAAUGAAAGAAUUUUCUGGGUAGGAUUAAAUGACCGUCAGAAUGAAGGGACCUACGUUUGGGCCGAUGGUACCCCAAUAAACCAAACAUAUGUAAAAUGGAACCAAGAGCCUAAUGACUACAAAGGGAAUGAGGACUGCGCAUUGAUAUACACAACCGGACAAUACAACGAUAUAACAUGCAGCUUUCAUGCCGCCGCAAUAUGUGAACUUGAUAAUCAAGCUUCGUGCUUUGCUGGCUGGAAGUCAAACGGUGGAAAUUGUUAUCUAUUCACAAAAUAUAAUAAUUCAUCUUUACUCUACAACCAGAACGAGGCUGCAACCUACUGUGCAACAUUUGCCACGAAUAAAACAAAUGUUGGCACUCUGUUGUCAGUGGACAACCAAGCAGAAAAGGCAUUCAUCCUUUCGCAAGUGAAGUCCAUGUCAGACAACGUUUAUGGCUGGUACACGUCUUUGAAUGACAAACAGACUGAAGGAUUCUGGGCAUUUAGUUCCGGUCCGUUGUUUGACCCGUCUCUUGUUGACUGGGCCGGCGAACCAAGUACAAACAAGGGAGACAACUGCGGAAUGACUAAUUAUGCUGCAACUCUACACGAACGUAACUGUAGUAUAAAAAUCCCGUACAUAUGUGAGAGAUACGCUACCGGCUACAGUACAGGUGUCAGUCUCAGAGGAGGUGUAGUUACAACUUUUAUUCUUCUACUGGCAUCUAGGAUCUUUAAACAAUUUAGAAUCAUAUGACCUUGUUGAAACAUAAAAUGAACGUUUUCUACUAUUCUGUUCAGUAAGGAAUAUAUGUCUAGUUUACUUGAAAUGUGGCAGCAUCGAGUAAAGUUGUAUCCAGUAUUCCGCUAGCAGAUAACAUCAAAUCUUAUAGAUAAUCAUUUCCUUGUUCACAAAUUAUAUAAUUAUAAACUCAAAUCUGACUCGCUGUAAACAAACAUAAAAUUAUCAUUGUAUAUCUCAUUUUCGUCAUGGUGUACUAGUCCUUAAAUUAUAUAUUCUGUUCUGGUGUGUUCUUAAAAGGUAAGAUAUGCACUGUACACAAACUAUUAACGUCGCUUUAGCAUUCAUUAUAUUGGUUUCAAAGACAUACAUAAAACGUGUUGUAUA